GAGCUGUUUCGGGUUUCUGUGUAGGAGAAGCUCAACGGAAAGUGAAAAUCAGGAGGGCUUUUUCUGGUUAAGGCAGCCACUUUGGCUUAGAGAUACGUACAGACCUCUCAAUGCCACACGUAAGAAAAACAUGGCACAGAAGCUACAUGACAAGGACUCCUCUGAUGAGGAUGAGAUUUUCAAUAAGGAUGCUGGGGAUGAAGCCCCAUCACAGACCUCUGCUCCUACUGAGGGCGGAGAGUAAAUCUGUCUUGCCUCAAGCGACUGGCAAAUUUUAUUUUCUAAUAUUGGCUUCUCAUCAGUGCUUGUAAAAUACUUUUUUUUCUCAUAUUAAAAGGUACAAAAUUCACAACCAAUCCUA